AUGAUAAUCUCCAUACAUGGCAAACUUAAAGAUUCUAUAUCACUGAUUGGUGACCUUGAUGAUGAUUCACUAGUGUUUUCUCCUUUUUCAGAAAAUAUUGCGUUAUUGAAACCUGCCUGGCAAGAGCAUCCUUAUGACAACAUUUUAGGUGUUGCCGGUAAUGCUGUAGAUGGUGAAAAAUCUGACCUAUCUUAUAAUGGAGGACAAUGUACCACAUCUGCUGCUGAUCAGCGUACCGCCACAUGGUGGGUCAACCUUAGCAGUGUCCUCAAUAUACAUCAUAUCACGAUAUUUCACAGGACGGAAAACAGCGAGUCGAAUUUUAGGAACUUUUUUACACCGAGAUUUUUAGGAUUUUACGUUUUCGUAUCCAACACAACCAACAGACUAGACGGUCAUCUGUGUUUCCACGACACGAACUACGAUAUGUCCACCAUACCGUCCGUCAUCAACAUAACCUGUCCAGUACACGGACAAUAUGUUAUCUUUUACAAUGAAAGACUCUCAGGAACUACCUAUCCUUAUGGUUAUUCUUUCCACGCAUUCAACGAUCUCUGUGAAGUCGAAGUUUACGGUUGUCCUGUACCCGGUUACUACGGACUUAACUGUUCCAUUCCUUGUCCUGAUACAAACUGUCGAUACUGUCACUCAGAGACUGGAGCCUGUCAUAGAUGUAAACCUGGAUACCAGGGCCAUCAGUGUGAACUACCUUGCAGUCCUCAGUAUUACGGAGAACUAUGUAAGGAGACCUGUGGUAACUGUAGUGAGGGGGUGACGUGUAAUCAUGUUAAUGGAACCUGCACAAACGGAUGUGACGUCGGAUUCUAUGGAGAAGAGUGUAGAACGCGUUGUCCUGUACCCGGUUACUACGGACUUAACUGUUCCAUUCCUUGUGAUGAUACAAACUGUCGAUACUGUCACUCAGAGACUGGAGCCUGUUACAGAUGUAAACCUGGAUACCAGGGACAUCAGUGUAAACUACCUUGCAGUCCUCAGUAUUACGGAGAACUAUGUAAGGAGACCUGUGGUGGCUGUAGUGACGGAAUGACGUGUAACCAUGUUGAUGGAACCUGCACAAACGGAUGUGACGUCGGAUUCUAUGGAGAGGAGUGUAAAACGCGUUGUCCUGUACCCGGUUACUACGGACUUAACUGUUCCAUUCCUUGUGAUGAUACAAACUGUCGAUACUGUCACUCAGAGACUGGAGCCUGUUACAGAUGUAAACCUGGAUACCAGGGACAUCAGUGUAAACUACCUUGCAGUCCUCAGUAUUACGGAGAACUAUGUAAGGAGACCUGUGGUAACUGUAGUGACGGAAUGACGUGUAACCAUGUUGAUGGAACCUGCACAAACGGAUGUGACGUCGGAUUCUAUGGAGAGGAGUGUAAAACGCGUUGUCCUGUACCCGGUUACUACGGACUUAACUGUUCCAUUCCUUGUGAUGAUACAAACUGUCGAUACUGUCACUCAGAGACUGGAGCCUGUUACAGAUGUAAACCUGGAUACCAGGGACAUCAGUGUAAACUACCUUGCAGUCCUCAGUAUUACGGAGAACUAUGUAAGGAGACCUGUGGUAGCUGUAGUGACGGAAUGACGUGUAACCAUGUUGAUGGAACCUGCACAAACGGAUGUGACGUCGGAUUCUAUGGAGAGGAGUGUAAAACACGUUGUCCUGUACCCGGUUACUACGGACUUAACUGUUCCAUUCCUUGUGAUGAUACAAACUGUCGAUACUGUCACUCAGAGACUGGAGCCUGUUACAGAUGUAAACCUGGAUACCAGGGACAUCAGUGUAAACUACCUUGCAGUCCUCAGUAUUACGGAGAACUAUGUAAGGAGACCUGUGGUAGCUGUAGUGACGGAAUGACGUGUAACCAUGUUGAUGGAACCUGCACAAACGCAUGUGACGUCGGAUUCUAUGGAGAGGAGUGUAAAACACGUUGUCCUGUACCCGGUUACUACGGACUUAACUGUUCCAUUCCUUGUGAUGAUACAAACUGUCGAUACUGUCACUCAGAGACUGGAGCCUGUUACAGAUGUAAACCUGGAUACCAGGGACACCAGUGUAAACUACCUUGCAGUCCUCAGUAUUACGGAGAACUAUGUAAGGAGACCUGUGGUAGCUGUAGUGACGGAAUGACGUGUAACCAUGUUGAUGGAACCUGCACAAACGGAUGUGACGUCGGAUUCUAUGGAGAGGAGUGUAAAACGCGUUGUCCUGUACCCGGUUACUACGGACUUAACUGUUCCAUUCCUUGUGAUGAUACAAACUGUCGACACUGUCACUCAGAGACUGGAGCCUGUUACAGAUGUAAACCUGGAUACCAGGGACAUCAGUGUAAACUAGCUUGCAGUCCUCAGUAUUACGGAGAACUAUGUAAGGAGACCUGUGGUAGCUGUAGUGACGGAAUGACGUGUAACCAUGUUGAUGGAACCUGCACAAACGCAUGUGACGUCGGAUUCUAUGGAGAGGAGUGUAAAACACGUUGUCCUGUACCCGGUUACUACGGACUUAACUGUUCCAUUCCUUGUGAUGAUACAAACUGUCGAUACUGUCACUCAGAGACUGGAGCCUGUUACAGAUGUAAACCUGGAUACCAGGGACAUCAGUGUAAACUACCUUGCAGUCCUCAGUAUUACGGAGAACUAUGUAAGGAGACCUGUGGUAGCUGUAGUGACGGAAUGACGUGUAACCAUGUUGAUGGAACCUGCACAAACGGAUGUGACGUCGGAUUCUAUGGAGAGGAGUGUAAAACACGUUGUCCUGUACCCGGUUACUACGGACUUAACUGUUCCAUUCCUUGUGAUGAUACAAACUGUCGAUACUGUCACUCAGAGACUGGAGCCUGUUACAGAUGUAAACCUGGAUACCAGGGACAUCAGUGUAAACUACCUUGCAGUCCUCAGUAUUACGGAGAACUAUGUAAGGAGACCUGUGGUAGCUGUAGUGACGGAAUGACGUGUAACCAUGUUGAUGGAACCUGCACAAACGCAUGUGACGUCGGAUUCUAUGGAGAGGAGUGUAAAACACGUUGUCCUGUACCCGGUUACUACGGACUUAACUGUUCCAUUCCUUGUGAUGAUACAAACUGUCGAUACUGUCACUCAGAGACUGGAGCCUGUUACAGAUGUAAACCUGGAUACCAGGGACACCAGUGUAAACUACCUUGCAGUCCUCAGUAUUACGGAGAACUAUGUAAGGAGACCUGUGGUAGCUGUAGUGACGGAAUGACGUGUAACCAUGUUGAUGGAACCUGCACAAACGGAUGUGACGUCGGAUUCUAUGGAGAGGAGUGUAAAACGCGUUGUCCUGUACCCGGUUACUACGGACUUAACUGUUCCAUUCCUUGUGAUGAUACAAACUGUCGACACUGUCACUCAGAGACUGGAGCCUGUUACAGAUGUAAACCUGGAUACCAGGGACAUCAGUGUAAACUAGCUUGCAGUCCUCAGUAUUACGGAGAACUAUGUAAGGAGACCUGUGGUAGCUGUAGUGACGGAAUGACGUGUAACCAUGUUGAUGGAACCUGCACAAACGCAUGUGACGUCGGAUUCUAUGGAGAGGAGUGUAAAACACGUUGUCCUGUACCCGGUUACUACGGACUUAACUGUUCCAUUCCUUGUGAUGAUACAAACUGUCGAUACUGUCACUCAGAGACUGGAGCCUGUUACAGAUGUAAACCUGGAUACCAGGGACACCAGUGUAAACUACCUUGCAGUCCUCAGUAUUACGGAGAACUAUGUAAGGAGACCUGUGGUAGCUGUAGUGACGGAAUGACGUGUAACCAUGUUGAUGGAACCUGCACAAACGGAUGUGACGUCGGAUUCUAUGGAGAGGAGUGUAAAACGCGUUGUCCUGUACCCGGUUACUACGGACUUAACUGUUCCAUUCCUUGUGAUGAUACAAACUGUCGAUACUGUCACUCAGAGACUGGAGCCUGUUUCAGAUGUAAACCUGGAUACCAGGGACAUCAGUGUAAACUACCUUGCAGUCCUCAGUAUUACGGAGAACUAUGUAAGGAGACCUGUGGUAGCUGUAGUGACGGAAUGACGUGUAACCAUGUUGAUGGAACCUGCACAAACGGAUGUGACGUCGGAUUCUAUGGAGAGGAGUGUAAAACGCACUUACCUCCCAAUUCUACAAAGGUUGUCCUGUACCCGGUUACCACGGACUUAACUGUUCCAUUCCUUGUGAUGAUACAAACUGUCGAUACUGUCACUCAGAGACUGGAGCCUGUUACAGAUGUAAACCUGGAUACCAGGGACAUCAGUGUAAACUACGUAUCUUGCAGUCCUCAGUAUUACGGAGAACUAUGUAAGGAGACCUGUGGUAGCUGUAGUGACGGAAUGACGUGUAACCAUGUUGAUGGAACCUGCACAAACGGAUGUGACGUCGGAUUCUAUGGAGAGGAGUGUAAAACGCGUUGUCCUGUACCCGGUUACUACGGACUUAACUGUUCCAUUCCUUGUGAUGAUACAAACUGUCGAUACUGUCACUCAGAGACUGGAGCCUGUUUCAGAUGUAAACCUGGAUACCAGGGACACCAGUGUAAACUACCUUGCAGUCCUCAGUAUUACGGAGAACUAUGUAAGGAGACCUGUGGUAGCUGUAGUGACGGAAUGACGUGUAACCAUGUUGAUGGAACCUGCACAAAUGGAUGUGACGUCGGAUUCUAUGGAGAGGAGUGUAAAACGCGUUGUCCUGUACCCGGUUACUACGGACUUAACUGUUCCAUUCCUUGUGAUGAUACAAACUGUCGAUACUGUCACUCAGAGACUGGAGCCUGUUUCAGAUGUAAACCUGGAUACCAGGGACACCAGUGUAAACUACCUUGCAGUCCUCAGUAUUACGGAGAACUAUGUAAGGAGACCUGUGGUAGCUGUAGUGACGGAAUGACGUGUAACCAUGUUGAUGGAACCUGCACAACCGGAUGUGACGUCGGAUUCUAUGGAGAGGAGUGUAAAACGCGUUGUCCUGUACCCGGUUACUACGGACUUAACUGUUCCAUUCCUUGUGAUGAUACAAACUGUCGAUACUGUCACUCAGAGAUUGGGGCCUGUUACAGAUGUAAACCUGGAUACCAGGGACAUCAGUGUAAACUACCUUGCAGUCCUCAGUAUUACGGAGACCUCUGUAAGGAGACCUGUGGUAGCUGUAGUGACGGAAUGACGUGUAACCAUGUUGAUGGAACCUGCACAAACGGAUGUGACGUCGGAUUCUAUGGAGAGGAGUGUAAAACGCGUUGUCCUGUACCCGGUUACUACGGACUUAACUGUUUCAUUCCUUGUGAUGAUACAAACUGUCGAUACUGUCACUCAGAGACUGGAGCCUGUUACAGAUGUAAACCUGGAUACCAGGGACAUCAGUGUAAACUACCUUGCAGUCCUCAGUAUUACGGAGAACUAUGUAAGGAGACCUGUGGUAGCUGUAGUGACGGAAUGAUGUGUAACCAUGUUGAUGGAACCUGCACAAACGGAUGUGACGUCGGAUUCUAUGGAGAGGAGUGUAAAACGCGUUGUCCUGUACCCGGUUACUACGGACUUAACUGUUCCAUUCCUUGUGAUGAUACAAACUGUCGAUACUGUCACUCAGAGACUGGAGCCUGUUACAGAUGUAAACCUGGAUACCAGGGACAUCAGUGUAAACUACCUUGCAGUCCUCAGUAUUACGGAGAACUAUGUAAGGAGACCUGUGGUAGCUGUAGUGACGGAAUGACGUGUAACCAUGUUAAUGGAACCUGCACAAACGGAUGUGACGUCGGAUUCUAUGGAGAGGAGUGUAAAACGCACUUACCUCCCAAUUCUAGAAAGGUUGUCCUGUACCCGGUUACUACGGACUUAAAUGUUCCAUUCCUUGUGAUGAUACAAACUGUCGAUACUGUCACUCAGAGACUGGAGCUUAUUACAGAUCUGGGGGCAAGGUUGACGAGUGCUAGGGCGUGUCCACACGCCGGUGGGCCUACACACUGCAUCUAUGAGGCCCUUGCUGCUCCCAGAUCCCCAUUAGUUCGGUCUGGUCCCGAGAGAGGCCAAUAUCCAUGUGCUGCCAACGUGGAGGCACUAAUUGAGUCUUGUUUGGGAUUAUAUGCAGCUUGCAGUCCUCAGUAUUACGGAGAACUAUGUAAGGAGACCUGUGGUAGCUGUCGUGACGGAAUGACGUGUAACCAUGUUGAUGGAACCUGCACAAACGGAUGUGACGUCGGAUUCUAUGGAGAGGAGUGUAAAACGCGUUGUCCUGUACCCGGUUACUACGGACUUAACUGUUCCAUUCCUUGUGAUGAUACAAACUGUCGAUACUGUCACUCAGAGACUGGAGCCUGUUACAGAUGUAAACCUGGAUACCAGGGAUAUCAGUGUAAACUACCUUGCAGUCCUCAGUAUUACGGAGAACUAUGUAAGGAGACCUGUGGUAGCUGUCGUGACGGAAUGACGUGUAACCAUGUUGAUGGAACCUGCACAAACGGAUGUGACGUCGGAUUCUAUGGAGAGGAGUGUAAAACGCGUUGUCCUGUACCCGGUUACUACGGACUUAACUGUUCCAUUCCUUGUGAUGAUACAAACUGUCGAUACUGUCACUCAGAGACUGGAGCCUGUUACAGAUGUAAACCUGGAUACCAGGGACAUCAGUGUAAACUACCUUGCAGUCCUCAGUUUUACGGAGAACUAUGUAAGGAGACCUGUGGUAGCUGUAGUGACGUAAUGACGUGUAACCAUGUUGAUGGAACCUGCACAAACGGAUGUGACGUCGGAUUCUAUGGAGAGGAGUGUAAAACGCGUAUGUCACUGAAAUUUAAAAUGUUAAGCCACUUUGAAGUUUUUAAUGAUAUAAGAAAUUAUUUGGUGAAAAAGUCCGAUUAA